CUCUUGGUGUCACAAAACUUGCUCUUCCAAGAUGGACGUUCUUUCCUUCGUGUACUGAUCGUGCAGGGUAGACACGAUGGGUGCAUACAAGUACAUGCAAGAGUUGUAUCGCAAGAAGCAGAGCGAUGUGCUUCGUUUCUUGCUUCGUGUGAGGUGCUGGCAGUAUCGCCAGUUGACCAAACUUCAUCGGGCACCCAGGCCGUCACGUCCUGACAAGGCACGUCGUUUAGGAUACAAAGCUAAACAAGGCUUUGUUAUAUUCAGAAUCCGUGUACGUCGUGGUGGACGCAAACGCCCAGUCCCCAAGGGUGCUACCUACGGUAAACCCAAGAGCCAUGGUGUCAACCAGUUGAAGCCCACCAGGAAGUUGCAGUCCGUUGCUGAGGAACGUGUUGGAAGACGUUGUGGUGGUCUCAGAGUCCUCAACAGCUACUGGGUAGCCCAAGACUCAUCCUACAAAUACUUCGAAGUCAUCCUGGUCGACCCUGCCCACAAGGCUAUCCGCAAUGACCCGAAAGUAAACUGGAUCUGCAAUGCAGUACACAAACACCGUGAACUCCGUGGAAAAACUUCAUCCGGAAGGAGUUCACGUGGAUUGGGCAAGGGACAUCGCUUCUCACAGACUAUUGGUGGUUCACGCAAGGCCGCAUGGCUCAGGAGGAAUUCCCUGUCACUCCGAAGAAAACGAUAAUCAGUUAUCUACCGUCUGUCAUAACAAAAAUAAAAAUAAAAGCCGUUUUUCUAAACGCCAA